GAAAAGUUUAGUCACUUCGACCCAACGGCAACAUUCGCUUCAGCCCCACUGGCUUUGUGCGCCGUUCACAACACAAGAACAAAAUAAAUUAAUAACAACCAACGUGUUUUCGCUUAAUUCCUCACCAAAGUAACCUCGAACAGAACCAACACCACAGAACACAGAUAAAAAUGGCGCAAACAAUACAGAUGACCCAGGAACAGCUACAAGAGCUCAUCGCAGCCGUGCGCGCGUCCGGCGUGAGUGGCGCUGCCGGCGGAGCCGAGGGAGCUAAUGCCAAGGCAAAGGGCAGCUUUGCUGCCUGCAACCAUCGUUUUGGCGGAACACGCGACUACGAUGAGGUCGAGGCAUUCAUUUCCAACAUUGUCACCUACAAAGAGCUGGAGUGCAUCAGCGACGAGAACGCCCUGAAGGGUCUGUCUCUGUUGUUCUACGGACUCGCCUCCACCUGGUGGCAGGGCGUGCGCAAGGAGGUCGUCACCUGGAAUGACGUCAUCGGGCUGAUCCGCGAGCACUUCUCGCCCACCAAGCCCGCCUACCAGGUUUACAUGGAGAUCUUCCACAAGAAGCAGGAGGAUAUUGAUCCCAUCGAUUCCUUCCUGGUCCACAAGCGCGCCCUGCUCGCCCAGCUGCCAGCAGAUCGACACAACGAGGAGACCGAGCUGGACUUCCUCUAUGGCCUGCUGAAUAUCAAAUACCGCAAACACAUCACCCGCCAGAGCGUGAAGACGUUCAAGGAGCUGCUGGAGCAAGGCCGCAUCAUCGAGCACAACACCCAGGAGGACGAGGACCUGGCGGCAACCAAGAACACACGUGGCUCCCGCCGCACCACCCGCUGCACCUUCUGCAACUUUCGGGGCCACACGUUCGAGGCAUGUCGCAAGCGCAAGAAGAACCGCGACGAGGAACACGACGAGGAGUAAGCCAGACAACACAAGCAUUUAAUUUGGGGGCGACGACGGCUCACCGCCAGCAGCAUUCCGCUCCCACCCCCCGCACACCAGAGAACUUUUCACCGCCGCGCUAGCCGCCCUGCGCCCUGAGAGAGUGCCAUGCCCCCCAAACCCAACAACAGCGACAGCGGAGGAGCAGAAGCAGUUUUAAAACCAGAGAAAGCUUUUAUCCCCAACGAAUUCAACUCUUUCACUAUCGCACACACACACACACACACACACAACACUCACACUCUCAGUCAAACGGCGUGCCGGUAAGCAGAGAAAAGCUUCUCUUUCUCUCUCUCUUAACAACUCUUCCGCUAUUUGUGUGACGAGUUUUGCUCUUUCAGCGAUUGCGGCCAAAAAUUGGUGGCCACUGCAAUCCCUUCGAAGGGCAUUUCUCCGAUAAUGAGUGGCGACGUCUCAGAACAUUCAAUUUCACGCUGCCCUGCGGCUAUUUUGGCGCCGAACGCCAACUCUUGGAACUCUCGAAAUUUAUUUCGAAACACUGUUUUUUUAAACUACAAACUAGAACCAACAUCGAGCGCUGCCAGUGGAGGAUGGGAGAGGAUCACGCAUCUCGUUUCGAGUUUGGAUGCUUUGAAUCGCAGAUGUAAUCCAUGGCCAAACGCUGGUGGGAUGUCCAAGGCGAAAGCCUUGUGCAUCUACACCUGGCUUUAGCUCUGCAAUUGCAAUUGCGACCGAAGCCCCGAAUAGAUGUUGCGGGAUCCGAUCCUGUCCCCCGUCUGGUAGAGCUCAACAACCGCCGCCUUGACCUUGUGCCUGUCAGCGAAGAGGCAACGUAUACGUGGCGUAAAUGGUGACCACUGUAUGCACCAUACUGCAGGUGCCACCGUUUUAGCCGUUGUUUGCGUUGCUUCAGGUCUGUGCUUGGUCCUUGAUGAAGGUGGCAAAAAACCCCCCGCCCGAUGAAUGCUCGCUUAGAUCCUUUUGCAUGUGGCUGUCGCUAGCCCAGGGCGGUGACUCCAUGCUGGACGUGGCCUCGGCUGCGUCUGGUAUGUGGUUGCUGCCAAAGGUGAUGCUGCUGGUGCGACAGGAGCUACAGCGGGCACGAUCUGGGCAAAACCACAAAUUUCUCCGGAAAUUUGAAACCAAAUCAAUUUUUUGACUUUGUCAAAAUAUGAUCUAUCUAGCACACAUCGCACUACGAUGGCUCCCGAUUCGCCAUUCGUGCGGUUGGCACGCCAAAUUGCCAAAUUCGGGAUUACGGGUUCUGGGCUUUAACCCCUGCGAUCCCGCGGCAAGCAUUAGGCACGCCUUUCCCAUCCACACACACACACACGCGAGCUGGGUCUCGUCGUUGUCGCGCAUCUCCGGCCGGCACCGACUCUCCCAGCUCCACAAUCGCUAAAAAACCAGACACUUGUGCAGAAUCCAUAGGCGCGUAGUGCCAUCCAAUAAGAGAUUUCGACAUGGUGGCCAAACUUGUGGGCGCGCCAACUGCUGGAGACUGGCCACAAACGCUCCACGAGAAUGGCUCGCAUUCCUCGAGGGACAGGAAGAAUAUUGUCAAUUCAAAUGACAUUAAACUUGUCCCGAAAGCUGGGGGCCUAUUGACGACCAUACGUGUCUGAUUUGAAGCAAGAAAAUAUAAACUGUAAAGACUGAAACUAAAACCAGAAAAAACCAAACCAUAAAAACUACAAAACCGCA